UCGCAGCCGGGAGCUGGGAUGCUGGCCGGGCGAGCCGUGCUCUUCCUCUCCCUGACCUGGACCACCUGCCGCGGCCUGGCGAUGCCCCGGGUCGCAGAAUGCGGCGUCUCCUGCUCUCCGGGCUUCGCCUGCAGGAGCCGAGUGAACUGGAACAUCUUUAACAGCUUCUGCCGACACGCCCCCAGGUCCUUGUCCCCGUCGGUCCUGGAGGCCCUGACGCUGUCCACUGCCAUGAAGUGCGCCCCCCGCGAUGACUGCUCCCUGGUCCUGCGCGUGCAGGCCUCCCUGACGCUGCACGAGGGCCUUCGGGGCCUGGAGGCCUGCUCCAUGAAUGUCGACACCCAGGAGACACGGUGUCAAAGCGUGAGGGUCUCCCGAGCCUCUCGUCGACUGCAGGUGGGGCGGCAGCUCCAGGUGCAUUUUGACUGCUUCGAAGUGGGUGUGGCUCAGAGCCUCUACGUCACCCUGAGGACAGUCCCCCACUUCUGUGGGAUCCAGCUGGACCGGCAGUACCGCGUGGAAGACUGUGGAGACCAGGACGUGGGGAGGAACCUGCCCGGCUGCUCCGCCAAGAAGUUCUCUUACUGGGUGGACCGCGACCGCAAGGUCGUUCGGGUCCAGGCCCCCGAGGCCCCCGGGGGCUCCGACUACUACGUCCGCCUCUGCCUCAAGUGGUUCACCUGUGAGGACGUGGGAGCCCUGGCGAGGGUGACAGCCAACGGGCUCUCCCGCACCGUCUUUCUGCCCUACAGCCGAGAGCUGCCCUGCUUGUGCCUUGAGGGCUGGUCUGCGACCCCUGAUGCGGUGCGGAUGCAGGCCUGUCCCUUCGAGGAUGACACAGAAGCACUGUGGGAUGCCGUCCACUACCACCCGGGGGCCCAGGCCCUGAGCUGGGAGCCUGCCUGUCCCGUGAGUGGCCACGUGAGCCUGUGCUGGCGCCCCGGGCCGGGGGCACUCUGCCACCAGCUGGAGCACUCCGGCCGCGCAGCCCACGGCAGGGUGAGUACCCAGCAGGUGGGGUGGGGUGGGCGUGGCCACGGGCCUGACCUGAGCGCCCUGCAGGUGCAGUACCCGCGGGUGGACACGCAGCCCCAGCUCUGCCUCAAGUUCUCCACCAGCCGGGGCUUCUGGGUGAGGUGCCCUUUCAAAGGGCAACGCUUCCAAGCCUGGAAGAUGACCGUCCAGCCAGCAGCCUCUCAGGGCCACCUCCGGGUCACCUUCUUCUCGCCCGAAGCUGCCCACUUCCAGGUGUACCUGUGUCAGCAGAGGAAGACGUGGCCCCCUGCCUGCCGCCCCGCAUUCUGGGCCACGGCCCUCCCUCCAGCCUCAGGUGACUUCAUGACAGGCCCUGCUGUCGCCUUUGUAGACGUUCCCAGGGACGAGGCUUGUGUUCCCAACACCUGCAUCCAGGGCCGGAGGACCGACAUGCUCUUCUCCGCCCCCCAGCAGCUGUGUGACCUUCGGUGCCCUGCCAGCCAGGGAACAGCAGACUGAGGCCAGGAGCCGCGCACGGCAUGAGCGAGUGCCCGGCUGAGCACUGGGGGGCGGGGGGGGGCAGCGCCUGGGCCCCAGAGCCUCUGGCCUCAGAGCCCAAAGGUGCCUCACCCGCACCCAGGCCGUGGGGCCUGAGCCACGGGACUUUGAGCCAGACGGAGGCCUUUCAGGCCCGACGGACUUCCACGCCCCAGGCCAAGGGCCACCCACCGGCCGCUGGGCUGUUGGAUGUGCCCCGCAGAAGUCUCACGCUGGCUCCUGAAGGCCGCCGGCUGCCCCUCCCGAGCUCCAUCGUCCGACUCUGGAGUCCCCUGCCCAACCCACAGACGGCAGGGACAGGCCCCGGGCUGCCCCAGAUGGUCGGCGGCACUGCAAAUGCCCUCCUAGCCCGUGGCCCGUCUCCGCUGUCCCCCCCCCGUAAUGGGGCUGCUGCCCCCACAAAGCCAGUACACACCCCACACUCAGUAAACACGUG